UCACCAAGUUGUGUAUUAAAUUAAGAUAAAAGUAACUUGUUACUCGGUUUGGCUUCAGUUAAUGUAUUUGGUAACCGUCAACCUUCAAUAAUACAUUGCUUCUCUAACUUAAUUAAUCUUUUUCUAAUUGGGAUUCUUAUUCCAUUUUUAGAUGUGUUUUUUCAAAUCUUUGAUCCUCUUCUAAAUACUUUUUAUGUUCUUCUUCAUAUAUAUAUUUAGAUGAACAGUAAGAAAUAGAAAAAUAAAAUGGAUAUGACAGAGGUAUCAAUGAUGCAUCAUGUGGGUAUUGUACUCACUCUGCUUGGGUUACUUAAUUACUUGGAUCGAUGCCACCCAGUUGCCUUUUUUAUUUCUUUAAUUUAUCUUUACUCGAUUCAUGAGAGGUAUGUUAUGAGAUUGAUAAGGAAACUGCAGUACCAGGAAAGAAAGCAGGCCAAUCAGAAAAGAUCACUUUCUGAUUCUGAAAGUGUUAGAUGGUUGAACCAUGCUGUGGAAAAGAUAUGGCCCAUUUGUAUGGAGCAAAUUGCAUCCCAGAAGAUUCUACUUCCCAUUAUACCUUGGUUCUUAGAGAAGUAUAAACCAUGGACUGCUAAAAAGGCUGUCGUUCAGCAUAUGUAUUUGGGAAGAAAUCCACCAUUGUUCACUGAAAUGAGGGUUCUUCACCAAUGUUCUGGUGAUGACCAUCUGGUGAUGGAAUUAGGCAUGAAUUUCUGCACUGCGGAUGAUAUGAGUGCUGUACUCGCCGUCAAGUUAAGGAGAAGAUUGGGAUUUGGAAUGUGGACAAAGUUGCAUAUGACAGCCAUGCAUGUUGAAGGGAAGGUCUUGAUUGGAGUGAAGUUUUUAAGCCACUGGCCUUUCGUUGGCCGUUUGAGGAUAUGCUUUGCUGAGCCACCUUAUUUUCAAAUGACUGUUAAACCUAUUUUCACUCAUGGGCUUGAUGUUACUGAACUUCCUGGAAUAGCUGGAUGGCUAGACAAGCUCUUGUCAGUUGCCUUUGAGCAGACACUUGUUCAGCCUAAUAUGCUAGUUGUGGACAUGGAGAAAUUUGCUUCACCGAAUCCAGAACGUUGGUUUUCUGUGGAUGAGAAGGAGCCCGUUGCUUUUAUAAAAGUUGAAGUUGUGGAGGCAACUGACAUGAAACCCUCUGAUUUAAACGGAUUGGCUGAUCCAUACGUGAAAGGGCAACUUGGUCCUUACAAAUUCAGGACAAAGAUACAGAGGAAAACUUUGGCUCCAAAAUGGCUGGAGGAAUUUAAGAUCCCCAUUUGUUCAUGGGAGUCGCCCAAUGUGCUGGCUAUUGACGUUCGUGACAAGGACCAUUUUGUUGAUGAUUCCCUUGGGGACUGUACCAUCAACAUCAAUGAUCUUAGAGAUGGUCAGAGACAUGAGAUGUGGCUACCUCUCCAGAAUAUCAAAAUUGGGAGGUUACGUCUUGCAAUAACUGUUAUUGACGAAAAUGCUAAGGUUGGUGCUAAUUUUUUUGAAGGAGAUACAUUGAGCAAAGAGGAAAUACAAGAUUCCUUUGAAAGCGUGUCUGGGAAUAGGGAUUCUUUUUCAUCAUCCUCAACAGCAGACAAGUCUCCAAGAAUGCGAGAUAAUUUUGAGCCGAUUAACAUUGAAGGGCAAGAACAGACUGGGAUAUGGGUUCAUCAACCAGGAAGUGAAGUGUCACAACCAUGGGAGCCAAGGAAAGGCAAGAGUAUGCGCCUCGAUAGUCAAACCCGUAAAGUUCCUGGAGAUUCAUUUGGCAGUACUAAUUUGCCUGUUUCCGGACCCCUUAACAAUGAUAGCAGCAGUACUGACGAAAAUGGGGAAGGUAAAGAUCCAUUGAAUCGAGUCCAGCGGGGUUUACGUAAAAUUAGCUCAGUAUUCCAUAGAAGUUCUAAAAAUGAAGAUAGUGUGGCAAGCAAUGGGGAUACCAUUCCAUCUCCUUAUGCUAACAUUAGUGCAGUUAAUCAGAGGAAAAUCGGUAUGAAUUUCAUAAUGGAAGACAGAAUUUCUGGAUCCACGGUGGUUAAGAAUUCAGACGAUGUUAUUUUGAGCCCGCAUGGAAGUGAUCCAGAAACUCCAGGCAAGGGAAAUGUAAAAGAAAGGGCAAAGAGCUUUUUGAAAUCUGCUCGCGGAAUAAAGCAUGUACUUUCCAGGAAAGGAUCAAAAAAAUCUCGAGGUGAUUCUUGUGUGGUGACGGAACUAGAAAUUCACCUGGAAUCUGACCCUUUUGAUGGUGAAGAUCUUUCACCCUCGCAAGUUGAAAAAAUCCCAGUUGUCUCCUGUGCUACAUCUCCUGGCUGUGGCGAAGACGAAUCUGAAAAAAAUAAGGACGACACUGCCCAGGCUGGUUCAAGUGACCUCGUUUCCGACAGUGAGAGUGGAAUGAAGAAGGUUAAUGUUCAAACCCUUGAAAGGGUAGAUGAAAAUGCUGUGAGCACGAGUGGAGAAAAUGAACCGGUGGUGGUAAUAAAACCUGAACCCUCUGAAGAGAAAGUUGAAGGAGACGAGGUUAAGUAACAUUUGGCUUCAGUCUUUGCUCGGACAUGGUUUGUUGUACAUUAUUGCCCCUAUACAAGUUUUAUAGAGUAUUUGUACGGCUAAAGUUUUCUGAAUUCAUUUUGUAAAUUCGCUAUAGAGUUUAAAGGAUAGAAUGUGUGCAGUCCGUCUCUUGUUCAGGAAUUUUUAAUAAUGUAAAACAGUUUGUUUAUAUAACAAGUUAUAUAAAGUCGCUAGCAGGAAGAACGUUAGUUAA